AUGGCGGCGGGUCCUCAGCAGCUUCUGGAAGUGUGUGGGCAGCGCCUGUCCCGCUUCCUUUGCGAUGCCCAGCACAAGCACCUGGCCUGGCUGCGGGAGGUGGAGGAGCAGGGCAUGAGGAUGCUCAAGAGCAGCUUCAGGGAUGAGCCCAUGCUCUUGCCCAAAACGCCAUCGCAGCGAAGGAAGCUCAGGAAAAGGCAGUCCUCCUGGAUGAGGGAGGAAAACAAGGAGCUAAGCAGGAGGAGGUUAUCCCGAAGGAGGAGUGGUGUUAAGCUGCUGUCUUCCAGCCUGAAUUCCCAGCAGGGCCAGGAGCAGCCCCGGAGCCCUGGCUGUGAGGGGCUGGAUGUAUCUGUGCCCAGCUGUGCUCUGGGAUCUCAGGCUGGCAUCACACCCCAGCUCCCAGCUCUGCCUGAGAAGCAGCCUGUGGAAGCACAAGUUCCCUGUCCCCAGGGUGCUGCUGGGGGUGAUGCAGCCCCUCCAGCAGUUUUGGGGGAGCAGCUGCCUGAGGGAGAUGCAGCAGCCGAGCUCCAGGAGGUCCCUGGGAUCCCAGCUGAACAACCAGGAAGGGAUGGGGAGCAGGACCCCAGGAGAGCCAGCACCUCCACUCCCAAGGCCGCUCGGAAUGGUGAUCCUGCUGCACUCCAAGGAGAUGGAUCUUCUCAAAGCCUUGAGACACUGCUCUUCCAGGACUCCCCCAGUAAAAAUACAACAGAGAAAUCCAGGAUGCACCGCCGGAGUGGGGUGGGUGCCUCCCGCAAGAGCCAUAGGGCUUCCCUGGCAGAAAAGUGCUCCCUGGCCAGCAGGAGGGAGAACAUGAUCCGGAGAUCCAUCGGCAGGGCCAUGGCCAGGAAGGCAGCAGCACGAGAAUCCUCCUCAGCCUCCAGCAGAGUGAGCUGUCAGAGCUCCUUGGAGGCUUUUGUGGAAGAAGAAGGGACCAGCAGCACAAGGCCUGGGCUGGAGCCAAGUUCCCCGAGGGAAGAGGCUCCUGGAGAUGUCCUUGUUCCAAGCACAAGUCCACGAGCUGCUAGCCCUCCUGCACAGCACCUGUCCCCUCUGGAGGAGCAGGCAAGGAAUGCUGCAGGAAGACAUGUAAAUCCCAGCAGUGAACCCCAGAAGAGCCAGGAGCAGCCCCACUGUGCCAAGUCCCUGGAGAAUUCCUCCCGCACGUGGAUGAAAGGCUGCAAGCAAGCCCUGGGUGUCCUCUGGCACGGGCAGCAGACGGGGAGCCGGGUCCUUUCCCCUUUGGAUGAGAAGCAGAAGACCUCAGCAAACCAGGCUCCGUCAUCCCCCUCUCCAGCCAGCAAGGCUGUCAGGCCACUGAAGAACUUCCUGCAGGGACAAGGGGGUGGCAUCAAGGACUUCAUCAGGCGCAACACUCCCACCCGGCCCCCCCUGAAGGGAGACUUUGUUGAGAAGGAGAGGCAGAGACUGGAGAAUCUCCGGAAGAAGCAGGAGGCUGAGGAACAGAGGAAGAAGAAAGUGGAGGAGGAGAAGAGACGGCGUCAGGCAGAAAUGAAGCAGAAACGUGAAGAGCGCCUGAGAAAGGCCCUGCAGGCUCGGGAGCGUGCAGAACAGAUGGAAGAAAAGAAGAAAAAGCGUGUGGAGCAGAAGAUCCUGCAGAGUGAUGAGAAGGUGAGAAUCUCACAGGUGAAGGAAGAGAAGGUGGCAGAGGAGCGGAACAAGAGGAAAGGGUCCAAGAAACACGGGGAAGCAGAUGCACGGAAGCAGAAAGCCCUGAAGGGGGAGGAAAAUGAGCAGCAAGAACCACUGCAGAAAAGAAGAGAGGAUGAAGUGAAAGAAAGAGGGAAGACAGUCUUGGAACUGAAGAAACUUCUGGAGCAGCAGCAGCUGGGACAAGCGAGGGAAAGAGAUCCCAAGCAGCGAGGGAAGGAGAAGCCCCUCCAAGCACAGCAGGAGCCAGCAGCAUUGGCUGGCAAGGCCACCAAGGGGAAAGAAAGUCCUAAAGAGCUGCCCCAUGAGCAUGGGCUGGGAAAAAGAUAUGAGCCACCAGAGUCCUUUUUCCCAGCUCUUAACAUCUGGCUCCAAGCAGAGAGGGAGGCUGACGGUCAGCAGCAGCCGGGAGAGGAGAGAAAACCCAUUCAACCAGCAGCCCCUGGGACAUGGCCGAACAAAGCCGUCAAGGUGAGCUCCCGCCUGCUGUGGCUACUUGGACCCCGCGGCUCGGAGCCACCGCGGCCGCGCUCGGCGCAGGGAAUCCGAUGGGAAAGGGAAAAUCGGCCUGACACAGAAUAUGUGGAAGGGGUUAGGUGUAGAAAAUCCCUCUCCACAUCCUGUCUCGGGUCCCUGAAGGGUGCUCAAGGACCAGGAUCACCCCCGGCCAAUGAGAACAGCUACGGGCUGGAUCUGAACAGCGAUGACUCCACAGAUGAUGAGAGCAACCCUCGGAAGCCUGUCCCUGCCUGGGCCGAUGGGGCGCAGCUCCAGCAGGCCAUCGUGCACCAGUACUACCACCCGGUGGAUGUGGAUGCGCUGUUUGGGGCCAUCCCCAGCCCCAGGCUGGAGCACAUCUUCUACAAGAGCAAACCCCGCUACUUCAAGCGCACCAGCUCGGCCGUGUGGCACUCGCCACCCGGCCCCUCCUGCGGCCCUUCCUGCGCCUUCCUGAGCUGA